AUAUUAAUAAUGCUGCUUUAAUAUGUAAGGACAAUUUUCGCACUUUUUAUGGUUUUACUUAUGCAACACGGGCUCAAUUUGCAGCAGCACAAGAAAAAAUUAAUAUUAAUUUAGCUACUAUCUGGGAAUUAAGAUUGAUAAAAGGAGUUGGUGAACAAUUAGCAAAUAAUAUUUCUUUAGAGCGUAAAAGAAAACGCUUUGAUAAUGGUGAUGAUUUAUGUAUGCGCACAAAGUUUCCAAAAGAUGCUGUAUCAUUG